AUGGGCAUAUCUGACGAUAAUACGACUUCUGGCACCGUGGUGAUAUCGGACCAAGGCACAAAAAUGCAACACCCUGAAGCCAGAUAUCAGAAUCCUCAAUUUCAAGGACAGCGAGACCCGGCCGAGGCUGAUAAUAUGGCCAAAAAGCUACUGCGUCUUUCAGCAGCACUCACAGGCCGGCCUUCAUAUCUAGUUCAGGUCCGUGGUGUCGUUUCUUUCAGAUUGAGAGCUGAAGCUGUGACACCAUUGACUGCUAUCCGGCUCAUGGGCAGUUUCGCUCUGGACAGAACACUCCUUUUCGCAGAAGAUAGUCUAGAUGAAUGGGAAUCCGGGUUUUACCGGGACCACAUCCCGCCGAUACUCAACGCCGCUCACAAUAUGGACCCAGCCCAAAAACAGAUAUGGUGUAGCAUUCUUGCCUUAAUCGCAAGACUUGAGAUCGCUGCUUCGCUUGCACAUGGAAACUCGUCAAUGACGAGCACAAGUAUUCUCGAUAUUUUUCAACGCUACCAGAGCGGCUCUACGGAUUCAUUUUGCAGAUGUUUUACGGCUUCCAUGAAGUGUCUUAAAUUGUUAUCUGAAGUCAUGGAACUAUGCCUUCCCACAUCAUAUACGAGGGCCGAUCGUUCAAGCGACGAAAAUGUCCACUCUUUUGAGAACACCAUCUUUGCUUCGCGAUGGAACAAAUUACUGCGCAAGCUUUUAGCCUGGGAAAAAGCUCGCCCAGUGGAGCUUGAAGAAGUAUACAUCGCUGGCAGUUCCGAAAACACUCUGCCCAAAAUAAUAUACGGCGGCGGCGGAGGUAUCUCUACGAAUAUUCUAUAUCGUACCGCUAUGUUCCUUUUACUCAGCAAAAAGCCAGAGUCGGCCAGCAGCUUUGAGCGAGAUCCAAACGCGUCUCCAGACGCUGAGCAUAUAUAUCCUCUUUUCCAUCUGCGCUGGGUCUGCGGUAUCGCCUUACAUUGUGAGGCCGGAGACUCGCAUUGCUGGGAUCCAUGCACAAUAGCAGCGAUGUCAAUUCUAAUGCCACAUAUCACUGGGUUGAUACAACCCACAGAUAUGACUGGCAUCAAAAAUAGCAUCAGGUCGUCCGGUUGGCCGGCUGGACAAAUGUUGGAAUAA